CCCCUUGAGAAGUCUUCAGGUUUGGAAAAGCACUACCUGCUCCUAGAAUCUUGGAUUUGAACCUCAUUUUGGACAGCGAAUGACAAGAAAGGAGUAACUCUAUUCUAGCCAGUUAACGCUAGAUAGAAUUUUUUAACAAAGUGGAGUCAGUUCCUCGGAUUGGAUUCAAGGUUUUUGCUUUGGGGAGGAAUUGAGUCCACAGUAGGAAGGCAAAGACAUCCAAGUGAAGCCUGGCCUGUGUGUGCCCCAAGAACUAACUCGCAGUCAAGUUGUCAGUCUCUGAGUGGGUGGCCAGUCUCCCCUCACCCCCACCCCCACACUGCCUUGAACAAAGCUUUUUCCAUCCUGAAUUUUUGUCUCAGUCAUUCCACAACCAAGUAAACAGCCACCUGCUUGCCACCUAGGGAGUUCCUGCAGUUCAGCAGUGAUCUGGCCUAUAUCUUGGCAUCCAGAAAAGACAGAAGGUUCCUUACUAAAAGCAGUACAUGCAAGGUUUCUCAUACCAUGAGAUGAGUGCUGUUCUGAUCAUGUCAUAGAGGAGGAAACGGGCCUGCGGAGGCUCAUCAGGAGGGUGGCUCAGGCCAGUCUCCACUGACACCCGUGUUCUCUCCACUCUGCUGCGGUGGGCCACAGUCCAGGACACAGGCACCACAUCUGCCUCGGCCAGCCAUCUCCCUGAGGAGCCAGCAGCCUGUGUCCCAGGGACCCACCAGCAGAAUGUCCAGCCAGGAUUUGAGUAUUACAGCAAAACUCAUCAAUGGAGGUGUGGCAGGGCUUGUUGGGGUGACUUGUGUGUUCCCCAUCGACUUGGCCAAGACUCGGCUGCAGAAUCAACAUGGAAAAGAUAUCUACAAAGGAAUGAUAGACUGCCUGGUGAAAACUGCCAGGGCGGAAGGCUUCUUGGGCAUGUACCGAGGGGCUGCAGUGAACCUAACCUUGGUCACUCCAGAGAAGGCCAUCAAGCUGGCAGCCAAUGACUUCUUCCGGCAGCUGCUAAUGGAGGAUGGGAUGCAGCGGAACCUGAAGAUGGAGAUGCUAGCUGGAUGUGGAGCUGGAAUGUGCCAAGUGGUGGUCACUUGUCCCAUGGAAAUGCUCAAGAUUCAGCUGCAGGAUGCUGGCCGCUUGGCAGUUCAUCGUCAGGGCUCGGCCUCAGCGCCUUCCUCCUCCAGGUCUUACACUACCCGCUCGGCUCCCACCCACAAGCGCCCGUCUGCCACCCUUAUUGCCUGGGAACUACUUCGCACCCGGGGCCUGUCUGGUCUCUAUAAGGGUCUGGGCGCCACUCUCCUCAGAGACAUUCCCUUCUCCAUCAUCUACUUCCCACUGUUUGCCAACCUUAACAACCUUGGGUUCAACGAGCGUACCGGGAAGGCCUCCUUUGCUCAUUCCUUUAUGUCAGGCUGUGUUGCGGGUUCCAUAGCUGCUGUCACAGUAACACCUCUGGACGUUUUGAAAACUCGAAUCCAAACCCUCAAAAAAGGCCUGGGUGAGGACAGCUACAGUGGGAUCACCGACUGUGCCAGGAAAAUCUGGAUUCAGGAGGGACCAUCUGCCCUCAUGAAGGGAGCAGGCUGCCGGGCCCUGGUCAUAGCCCCUCUCUUUGGGAUUGCCCAAGGGGUCUACUUCAUUGGUAUUGGAGAGCGGAUCUUAAAGUGUUUCGAGUAGAGAGCUGGAGCUCAAGUCCCUUUACUUGCUGCCAGCUCUCUAGCAUAUUCUACUUAGAUUAGAGAGGGAUGAGCGAGACGCCCCCCAUGUCUUCCUCUGUCCUCUAACCUGUAGUGCUACCUCACUCUCAGAAGACACACUCUUAUCCCAAUAAGCAAGCUGGGUAUGGUCCUGUUCUCCCUUCGUGAUAUCCGCAUCUGUUUUUUGGCGGGGUUAUGGCUACCAGGGAGCUUCAGAAGCCCUUAAGCACCUACUUUUCAACAGCAAACAUAGUAUGUGCUUGGGGUGUAUUAACUGCGGGACCCUAACACAUAGUAAGAUAGAGGGGUUGUUUCUCCAUUUUACAUUUCUACUUCACACUCAAACUCCAUACACUUGAGUCCGUUUGAAGAUUUAGUGUUGUUUCUGAGUUAAAUAACUUAUGGUUAGUUCUAGCACUGAUUUGGGGGAAAAGGAGGAUCAGAAGUUCAAGGGGACCAUGAAAGCCCUCAAAGUCAGCACCUUGUUCAAAACCAAGCAGCUGAGAGAUUAGGCAGAUGAGCGGCCUGGGCUGUCAGGGCGGCUGUCCUGUACCACACAGACUCUCACAGAACAAUGUCCAUGGAACAUGAUUUUAAAUAAAACUGAUUAAACUCUC